CUGCUGCUCUAAUGCCUUACAUUCUGUCUGCAUGUCAGUUGGGUUGCUUGCUAGCCAGUCAGGUAUUCAAUGACGUAAUCGUCCAAGCAGUGAAUUGAUUUAAUAACCGAGCCCAAAAGAAAGUUACAUUUGGCGAAUUCAAAUCGAAUUGCCUUAUGUCUAAUGGGGGGAAUAAACUGCCACAGAGAUGAAAACCCGCAAGUGAGUUGGAGAGCGUGAUAAUGACAUUGGAGGAAAGUCGUUGCAAUUUAAAUUACAUUUCCACAUAUUUCCUCCAGAAAAACAAAACACAAGAAAAACCAGUCGAUUUCCACUUGUCGUCAAUGGUAGCCGGUAGUAAUGCUGAAAGAAAUGCAUCAAUGGUCAGCUUCCAUUAUGGGCAGUUCGAUGUAGACAAACAUUAACUACACAUUCAAACUGCAUUACGCCAUAACAUGUCAUGAACAGUGAAAUAAAUCAACCGCCUCAGGGAACUGGUGCACAAACGGAUCAGUGAUUACAAAAAGUUCAACUUAAAAAAUAAGUUUUUCGUUUGCAACUUUAAUCUUUGGAAGUAUCUGUAUUCUACAUUCAGUUUCAACAGCAAUCCUAGUUGGUUAUUACAAUUAAGGAAACCAAUUGCAGCUUAUUUCAAUCCCCGUAAAACAGGUUUCUUGAAAUUCUGAAGUCAUCAGUCACGUACUCGUAUUGUCAGACCAAAAAAAAGCCCAGAUGCGAACAAAUCUAUGCCAGUACAUUUCCCACUAGAUAAAUAUUUUCAAAUCAACCAAACCGAACACCAGCCAAUUUAAAGCCAAGACACGCCGUUGUAUUUGGUUUCUGCGCGUAUGGGUGCUAAGACAUUAAUUUAUUCGCUAAUUGUGGUCGCAGUUCUAAUCACUAGCUGCGUAGUUGAGGCACAGCUGCCGCCACGUCUAUUAAUACCAGGAGCAAUACCUUUGCCUGCCCCACGAUCAGCACCUCAAGCACGUCGUACACGUCCACCAACUUUGAGAGCACAAAAUAAUUUGAUUCCAGCAAAUAUCCCAUCACGUAUUGAGGAAGCCAAACCGGUCACCGAAUCAGGAGAGGAUGAAACACCUGACGUAUUUUUGCCGAACCUAUUAAGAGAACAACAGCUAGCCCAGGCACAACAAUCACAAUUCCAACAAGCAGCCGCCGCCUUCCUCAAUAAUGAUCCAAGUGUAAAUGCUCUUCAAGAACCAUCAGUCGACUUUGAGUCAUACACCACGCGAUUCCCUGAUCGCACCUUACCUCCACCAACAGUCCAACCCAGCCACAAGCCUAAUUACAAUGACUUUGGCAUAGGUUCAAAUGUCAUUAGUACGCCUAGAUUUAGCCAGGAAAGACAGGCACCCCCACCACAAGUUCAAGCUCCCGUACCACAACGUGAACGUUCCAAUGUAAUCAGAAAUCGACCAACUGCAGUACGUGAAUCUAGGCCUCAGUACGAACCCCAACCAGUCCAAGUAGCCCAACGGCCAAGACCCAAACCCAUUCAAUCACGCCCAUUGUAUGAUCAAAAUCAAAUAGAAGAUAAUCAGCAAAACAGACGCCAAAGGCCCGUCGCACAAACCACAAGGAAAUGGCGCGAAGAAAAUGAGGACGGCACCAUUGUGUGGGGUUAUGAAAACGAUGAUGGCUCGUUCAAGGAAGAAAUUAUUGGCGUUGAUUGCAUAACAAAGGGAACUUAUGGCUACAUCGAUCCUGAUGGUAACAAACGCGAAUACCACUAUGAAACUGGUAUCAAAUGUGACCCCAACAAACGUGACCAGACUGAUGAAUACCAGGAGAACAACUUUAUCAACUACGACGACAACAAAGCCGUACUUCCAAACGGCAUUGAAAUCGAUAUGACCCAGCUGGGCAAGAAGAAGUCCAAGAGACCCGGUGUAAAUUACCGAAACUGAUGUGUCCAUCGUCUCAUGCUAGUUCAUAAGUUCUGCACUGUAUCCAUAUCUUGUAAUGUUUAGGUUUUAUUAUUUUAUAGAACAUACAAAGUCUUACCAUUACCAUACAAAUUGUUCGCAUUCAGAUGUUGAAAUCGUACCUUCAACAAUAAAUUAAAUGAUAUGAUAAUUAUUGUA